CGCCGAAAUUCCCCGAGGUAUGGAUCUUCAGAAGAAGGACGGUGCGCAUCACGGUGUUCAUAUCCUCUAAAUCCAAUCCAUUCUGCUUCAAGUGCAGAGCAAGGGGACACUUGGGAAUGCAUUGUCUGCAAUCAAGUACUGGUUCGAACGCAGGUUCGGGGGGGAGGCAACCAUAACUAAAACAAUCAAUGUUAGCACAAUACAGAGGUUGGAUCUUCGGCGACAAUCUGAAGACGCCAAGAUGGAUAUGGGUCCUGAGCGGUACACCCACGCUGAAGCCAGACAUCUACCCACCUUAUGACAGCCGCUGGAGACUAGCAGGGGCAAAGCGUAUGGAGGACAAAGAUGUGGGCUACAUCCACAAACCGAUGAUAGACAAGGACAUAGUACUGGAUGACAAAGUCCGUUUGCAAACCAUGGCCGAACUGCAUAAGCUGGGGCAAGAAGCUGAAAUGGCCUUUUUAGAGAAUAAAAGAGCGAGGGAGGAGGCUGAGAAAUCAGCGGAGGUGGGCAAGGGGAGAGAGGAAGAAGAAGAAGUGGAGGGCAACAAAACCUCGAGUCAAAGUGAGGGACUGCGCGGGGAGGGGACAGGAGAGACAAGGUUCAGCAAGGCAAGAGAGGAGGGGGAUUCACAGGGGGCAUUCAAAAGGAAGAUGAGUGACACAGAAACUUCUACGGGGGGUAUUGCGAGCCACGACACAAAAAGAUCUCAUACGAGCAAGAGGGAAGAGGAAGCUUCAAUGUCGCAAGGCCAAGUCCAUGGAUCAGGCACGAGAGAAGAGGGGCAAGGGGAGGCCAAGGCACAGAGUGAGGGGAUGGACAUAACUCCAUCGGAGGCAGAGGAUUCGUCAUCUUCUUCUUCGGACCAACAUACACGCCCAGGUUCACCAUCAGCAGGUAACAGCCCAUCAGGCAGAGCACAGAUGGACAGCGGGGAAAACGUAAUGGCAAAUCCAUCGAAUGACUCAAAAGAAGAUAUGGAUAGCGGGGAAGAUGUUAGAAUGUCACAGGACUCGGGAGAGGACUCAAGAGAAGACACAGGAGAAGACACAAAAGGGGAGGAAUGGGAGGAUGCGGAGGAGGAGGAGGAACCGGAGGAGGAACUGGAAACGCUAGCCCAGUGGAUCAGAACGGUACACAAGCUGAAGUGGGAAAGACACGUCGAAUGUGAACUACGUCUGGCGCAUCAUAAGCAUCUACGCAACCUGAAGCAGGCUACUUCAGCUGGGGAUGAUAUUACCUCAACAAACAAAUUUGAAUGGUUGAGGAAAGAGUUGGAGGUCAAUGAGUUCUACGCAUCACAGUAUGCUUGGAAGGCCCACCCAAACAGCAACGACAUUUUGGUACACAACGGGAACUACGCCAAGCAGUUUAUAUGGCCCAAAACGUACCAACCUCAGGGGUUGAAAAGAGAGAGAGGCCAUAUGGUGACAGAUCCCUCAUGCCCCAAGUUUUCGAAACAAACAAAAGAACGAAAACUCCUACCAAACAUGUUGGUGGAAGUGGAAGAUGCACCUGGAAUCUGGUUCGUGGCUGAUUCAUCAUACGAUGGUUGGGUCUUUGAUGACAAUCUGGACGAGCUAGACUGGGUGUGGCAUUUUGGCGAUCAGAAUCCUUCUGUCAAAAAGCCAGACGUCUUCCCCCCAGCAGACAGUAGGUGGCAAAAGAAGGCAACCGGAAAAGUGAGAUGUAACCCGACAAAGAUCAACACCAACCCCAUCACAGAUUCACGGGUUAUCAGGGAGGAGAAAGCAAGAGAAGAUCUAUUGUGGGACCUUGACACCAUCAGAGAACAGAUUGAACAAGAAUUCAAUAAGGAACCAUCUGCUUUUAAGGAAGCACUGAAACAAGCAGAACAAGUGGAUCUGCAAACAUACAAGAGAAGGGACAAAGCUCAAGCCGACAACAAGCGUCAGCUACAAGAGGACGCUGGAGCAUCUGAAAAGGGAACGGGCCCAAAACGAAGGAAGUCGGGGGAGUCAACGAAGUAUGCAGAAAAGAAAAGGGCAAGGGACCAAGGAACAGUGGACAAAGAUAAAACCAUUCCCACAAUCAACGAUAACCUUCGGGAUCUGCGCCCUGAGGCAAGGAAAACGGGGAAGAACCAGAGACGGAAAGAGAUUAAUAAUGAACGAGUUGAGGUUGAGGUGAAAUCGGAUCGCGCCCUACUGGAGAAAGAAGCGGCUGUUUUCCUGUCUCAAACAGAAAAACUCAAAAAAUGGAACAAGGAAUAUGCCUCCGAAUUCUCAUCCAUUGCUCAGAUUGCACGUGGGGAGGCCCCAAGGGUGAUUGAGGCGGCCAGAUCGGCUCGUAGAACACUGAGGAACAUCCGGCCUCUCAUCACAGCCCGGUACGUAAGCAAGGCAAAAGAGUGGCAAAUCACAACAGAUGUAGCCUUCAAGAUUCCCCACUUCAUAGAAGGUGCGAACGUGAUCAAAGUCUUGGAAAGGAAGGUUACAAUCGAAUCUCCAUUGGAUCUAUUUGAAAUUGUGCCCAUUGAGGAGGAUCAGAAUGCUCACGACUCACACGAGGGAUCAGUCAUCCCCCUCAAAAGCUCAAAAGAGGUGAGCAGAAACUCUCCAAGAGCCUUCUCUCCUUUAAUAGCCAAGAUGCCUGAAUCAACUCAGCUGAGACCAAGAAUGAUCUGGAAACCUUGGAGGACAAUGACUGAGGUGCCCUACAACAUCCUAGCAGAUACUGGCAUCUCAGCAGAACUGUUGGCUUCAGCAAUGGCCCUUAUGGUCAGCAUAGGGCUAGUGGAAGGGGACGAGGACUUGGAAUCCAAAGCUUUUGUCAUUGACAGCGAAAGAUUCUAUAGGAGUGAUGCCUCAGAUGCAGGCUCCUGGGAUGGUGAUGAUGAGCAAGACGGUUUGAACCAGCACCAGGAGUUGGAAAAGGGCAGUAGUGAUCAGAUAGAGCUGGGCGGUGCGGACACUGAGGGGGACCUCGUGCUCUCCCCUCUUACAGGCAGUGGACCAGAGAUCGUCCAGGAGGCCUUGGACAGCGAUACGGACAAGGGCGACCCGCAUACCUAGAUACCCGCUCUAUCAACCGAUCCCCACUACGUAAGCAUCCUCGAC